AUGUCGUGCCCUCCCAGCGACGACGACAUCCAAGAGGCCGCUCGCCAUUUCAAAGCGUCCGCCCUCCGCUCCGAGCCGGACAGUCUCCCGACGAAACCAGAACGAAUCACCGUCGGCUUCGAACGGAAGAGCUGUGCUGGCAUCGGGUACGUGAAGAUGGACGCUUCUGGUGGAGAGCAGAAGGUUCCAUUUUGCGACCGAAUUGCUCUGCGGAGAAGAUGGUGCUUGUAG